AUGCGCAGCCUCAUCAGCCUGGCACUGCUUCCAUUAGCAGCGGCCGUCCCCCAUGCAACCCACCGCUCAGACUCCAACUAUGACUAUAUCGUUGUUGGAGGUGGAACCAGUGGUCUUGUGGUGGCAAACCGACUCUCCGAGCAAGAGAACAUCAACGUCCUCGUCAUUGAAGCUGGUGGCUCCGUGUAUAGCAACCCAAAUGUGACCGACACCCUUGGAUAUGGCAAGGCAUUUGGCACCGAAAUCGACUGGGCCUACAAGACGACGGAUCAAGAAUAUGGUGGAGGAAUUUCACAAACAGUGCGUGCUGGAAAGGCACUGGGUGGAACGUCCACCAUCAACGGCAUGGUUUACCUUCGCGCCCAGACUGCGCAGAUUGACGCCUGGGAGGCCGCCGGCAACGAGGGUUGGAACUGGAAAAACCUCUUCCCUUACUUUAAGAAGGGCGAGCAGUUCCAGAGCCCCGAAAAAUAUUCGUUCCUCGAUGGAUCUGGUGUCACAUAUGACCCGGCCUACCAUGGCUUCGAUGGUCCCUUGAAGGUCGGCUGGUCUUCAACUCAGCUGAACGAUGGCCUUGCGCAGAAGAUGAACACCACAUACCAGAACCUGGACGUUCCUGUUCAGUUCAACAAGGACCCCAACGGUGGAGAUAUGAUUGGAUACAGUCUCUACCCUAAGACCGUGGACUCUGAGUUGAACAUUCGCGAGGAUGCCGCCCGCGCUUAUUACUACCCCUACCAGAACCGGACCAACCUUCAUGUUUGGCUCAACACCCACGCCAAUAAGCUCACUUGGAAGGAUGGAAAAGAUGUCACUGCUGAUGGCGUCGAAGUGACACUCUCCAAUGGCACCACCACUGUCGUCAAGGCUUCUCGUGAAGUGAUUCUUGCUGCAGGCGCACUGAAAUCCCCAGUCUUGCUUGAGCUUUCUGGUGUUGGAAAUCCGGACAUUCUCUCCAAGUACGGCAUCGAGACCAAGCUCAACAUUCCUACCGUCGGAGAGAACCUCCAGGACCAAAUGAACAACGGGCUCCAGUUUGACGCAAAGACUAGCUACAACAUGAGUGCCGACUACGUCUCCUAUCCCUCAGCCGCUCAGCUCUUCUCCAACCACACUGCUGUCGGAAAUGAGCUCCUCCGCAAGCUUCCCGCUUACGCAGCCAAGGUUGCCUCUGCAAACGGUAACAUCACCAAGGCCCGUGAUCUGCAGCGCUUCUUCAAGAUCCAGUGGGACCUCAUCUUCAAGGCCGGUAUCCCGGUCGCCGAGAUCCUCCUCGAGCCCUCUGGAACCACAUACGACACUGAAUACUGGGGCUCUGUUCCCUUCUCUCGUGGAAACGUUCAUCUUUCUUCCGCUGAUCCCACAGUUGCGGCUACCAUCGACCCCAAGUACUUCAUGUUGGACUUUGACCUGCAUGCGCAGGUUGAGGCUGCACGCUUCAUUCGUGAAAUCUUCAAGACCGAGCCCUUUGCUAGUAUGAGUGGAGCCGAGACUAGCCCUGGUCUUUCUACUGUCGCUGCCACCGCUGGUGAUGAGGGAUGGUCCGACUUCAUCAAGCAGAACUAUCGCUCAAACUUCCACCCGAUCAGCACAACCGCCAUGUUGCCCAAGGAAGUGGGUGGAGUUGUGGACACUUCACUCAAGGUGUAUGGAACCUCGAAUGUCCGCGUUGUUGAUGCUUCUGUCGUGCCAUUCCAGGUCUGUGGUCAUCUGCAGAGUACUAUCUACGCGGUUGCUGAGCGUGCGGCCGACAUUAUCAAAAAGCAGCUUUAA